UAUAAUGUGCAUUUGUUUUGUCUACAAAUAUUGUCUGAUUUAUCGUUAUUCUAUGUGACGGUUGUAUAAUAUUAUUACCGUGUUAAUCAUGUAAAACGGAUUGUAACGUCCGUUUAAAUACGUUUAUGAUUUUUUGUAUUUGUCAAUAAAAUAGUAUUAGAGACUCACAUUAAAGAGAUAGCGGACAGCUGAUCCGACUUAACUCAAACCAAAAAUUAUCACACCUGCGACAAAAUAAAAUAAAAUAUUUACAAUAUUGCCACUUAAAGCGCAUAAUAUCGCUCUCAACAUAAACAUACACCUAUAACGGCAAUUUAAUUGGAAAUGGCGCUGCCGAGAAAUCUAAUAGCAAAGAUCUACGACAUAAAGGCACACGAUGGCAAAGUCACAAGCCUCGAUUUGGGCGAGACGGGACGCGUGCUGGUCACUGGAGGAGAAGAUCGCAAUGUUAAUCUGUGGGCUAUUGGCCAAGACGAGUGCUUCAUGUCUCUGACGGGCCACAAUCGUUCGAUUGAAUGCGUGCGCUUUGCAUAUAAGGAUAAUUUUGUAUAUUCGGCUGAUGAUAUUGGCAUCAUACGCAGAUGGGAUCUGAAUGCCCAAAAGAUCUAUUCAACAUUGAACGGCCACAUGAAAAGUGUGCGAACAUUGGAUUUUAAUCCGUCUGGAGAAUAUGUGGUGUCUGGUAGCAAUGACACAACUGUUAGACUUUGGGAUGUUCAAAACGAAAAUAAGUGCAUUAAAGUUUGCAAGGGACACAUAUCUCAUGUAAAUUCGGUUAAAUUUUCACCUGAUGGACUUUGGAUCGCUUCUGCUGGCCUGGAAGGAUCAAUAUUAAUUUGGGAUAUACGCAAAAGCAAACAAAUAAUGGAGUUUAUGGCAGAUCCGCCCGUUACAGCCAUCACUUGCAUUCAAUUUCAUCCCUUUGAAUUUUUACUGGCAGCGGGCCGAGUUGAUGGCACAGUGUCCAUCUACGACCUGGAGCAUCAGCAGCUUGUUUCCCAUACAACUCAUUUCUAUGGACAAGCUAUCAGAUGCAUUACAUUUAGUGAGAAUGGAGAGUGCCUAUUUGUGGGAAGCGCUUCGGGAAUAUCUGUGAUUAGCUGGGAACCAGAUCGUGAAUUAGAUCACAUAAAAAGUACUUGGGCCUCAUUAGAUGACAUGAAAGUUAUUAAAAACAAGAUUAUUUGUGGCUGCCAUGAAAUUGAUACUGUGUCAAUUAAUACAGUAAGCCUUGAUUGUGUGAUACCUUUCUAUCAACCGGCCAAUGCUCAGCCCAAUUUUAAACAUAAUUCAACAAAUCGAAAAAGCUUUUCACGUGGAAAUCAAAAGUUUAGAAUAUCACUAGGUGGAUCAAAGCCGGCCAAAGUUGAGGAAGAGCAUGAAGACAAUAAGAGUCAAACUUAUGAUGAGCUGUCGUCACCAAACCUAAGUCUGGAAGUUGUUAAUGAGGCGGCAUUGGAACAGAUUGAACCAUCGCCAAUGUCGUCAUUGCACCAUCUACCACAGCCAAUUGGUUCAUCAAUCGAGCCCAUAUACAAUGCGGGCACUGAUGCCUCGUUGAAGCAUAACAAGUUUGCGCGAGUGCCAGAUAAUAUACCAUUUAACAUAGAAACUAAUUAUAGUUAUGGCAUGGAUAUGGGUUCCAGCCGUUUAUUAAACAUUAAUGGACCCAGUUCAUUGCACGUAGCAGACGAAUAUAACAUAUACACAAUUGAGAAAGGCGAUAGCCUAAAUGUGCACGAUGUCGAAUAUAAUCCAAAUGACAGCAAUCCCCCGAUUCUUAAUAACUAUGAUAAUUAUGAAAUGGCCGAAGAUUUUCCGGUCAAUCAAAACUUGAAUUAUACAGCCAGCACCUACAAGACAGUACCUGCAUCAACAAUAAAUGCCUCAUCGAAAUCAAUUAAAAAGACGUCAACAACUUUGCACAAAAGAAACACAGCAAUAAGCAAUACCAAACAGACAUCGACGGCAAUAUUUGGUAACAAUAAGCUUGGUCAAGCUUCUUCAGUUAGUUCAAUGGAAUUGCAUAAGCUGGACGAUAAUAUGGUACUCAAAAAGUCAACUUCCUCAACUGUUGUGAACAAAAACAAGAGGACCAUGGGAUCACAGAGUCAGUUUUACAAAGAGAACGCGCAGCAGAAAAAUAUAAAUGUAGAGAUCAUUACUAAGCCCCCAAUGAGGUCACGUACGACUCUAGACAUGCGUACCACGCAUCAACCAAAGGUUCAGGAGAAACAUUCACAGCCAAUGAACUAUCGUCCGGAUUUGAUACCUACCUCAGGCAAGAAUAUGAAUCGUAAUUUCAUAGAUGAACACUAUGAUUUUGAUAUACUCUCAAGAUCACAUGAAGCAGUACUUCAGGAGUUAAGCAAUCGGCAAGCCAGUCUUGAUUUGCUUCGUAACUCUACACGCGUCAACGAUGUUCUUAGUGCACUGAGGCUAGCUAAAUCGGCGGGACGAUCAAUUUUUAUAGAUCUUCUAGGGGCGAUUCUUGAAAAGCCAUCGUCGUUGAAUCUGGACUUUUGCACAUUUGUACUACCCGAACUCUAUGAACUCUUGCAAAGUCAACACAAAUUUCAUUUUACCAGAGCCUGCGAUACGUUGCGUAUCAUACUAUCACACUUCUUGCCAACAAUUCAGGAAAAUCUUGAUUCUUGGGCUGCCAAUGGAUUGGGCGUGGAUGUUACACGCGAGGAUCGUCAGAGAAAGUGUUUAGAAUGCCAAGGGUGGCUGCUGCAAAUUAAAAAUCUUCCCGAAUCUGUUCACUUUGGGUCAUCGCUGUCACAGUUGCAAAAGAUGAUUAUUUUUUAAACUAUUUAUGCGUGUUUAGUUACAAAUUGUCCAGCAUUACAAAUGAUUUAUUUACUAUA